ACUAGAAUCGGCUUUCUUCGGUAAACAUCGUACUUUGUCGUCAGUUACGACUCUGCCAAGGAUGGAGGAAGAGGCAAGAAGGCUUCUCGCGGAAGGGAUCAGUAAGAAAUUGAUUAGCCCGGGUAAAGGACAGCUAUCGCCCUUCCCCGAUGGAACAAAGGUGGUCUUCCAUUACCGCACCAGCCUGUGUGAUGGCACAGUGCUGGAUGACUCCCGGAACAUGGGGGGCUGCAGUAAACCAAUGGAGCUGAUCUUGGGCAAGAAGUUUAAACUGGCUGUAUGGGAACGAGUGAUCAUCUCUAUGAGAGAAGGAGAAAUUGCAGAGUUCACAUGUGACGCCAAACACACCGCACUCUACCCGCUGGUGUCCCAGUCUCUGAGGAACAUCAGCAUUGGAAAAGACCCCCUAGAAGGCCAGAGACAUUGCUGUGGCAUUGCCCAGAUCCACUCCCACCACUCGUUGGGCCAGAAAGACCUGGACCACCUUCAGGCUAAUCCACAGCCUCUUGUAUUCGCCAUUGAGCUGAUGGAGGUUCUUCCUCCGGGCUCAUUCCAGCUGGACGUGUGGGCCAUGACGGACCAGGAGAAGCUGGCCUUCGUGCCUCACAUCCACGAGGAGGGCAACAUGCUCUUCAAGGAAGGCCGAAUACAAGAGGCCACCGACAAAUACUACAACGGCAUCGCCUGCCUCAAAAAUCUACAGAUGAAGGAACAUCCAGGAGAUGAAGCUUGGAUCAAGCUCGACCACAUGAUCACGCCUCUUCUCCUCAACUACUGCCAGUGCAAGCUACUCCAAGGCCACUACUACGAAGUCAUCGAACACUGCUCAUCACUCACAUUCAAAUAUGAGGACAACAUUAAGGCCUACUACAAGCGAGCGAAGGCCCAUGCCGCAGUGUGGAAUGAGACGGAGGCCCGUGCGGACUUUGCCAAGGUGCUGGAGCUGGACCCGUCUCUCGGGCCGUCUGUCACCAAGGAGCUGCGGGCCAUGGAGGAUCGCAUCCGGACCAAGGAGAAGGAGGAGAAGGGACGCUACAAAGGCCUGUUCAAUUACAACUCACCACCGCCAACUGCGACCACGGGUUGAGGAGUACAAUGAGAAGAUACCUUUAGAUUUCAAGGUGAAAGCAUAGAAACGCCAGAUGCUGGUGUUUCAGUUUGAGCCACACUCACAAGACAAAACUCUGUACUCUGUGAGAUACAUCAUGUUCCCAAAGUCAGAUUUGUUUCUCCCUUUGAUUGUUUUGUUGCCAAUAGCAACUCAAAGCCUCAAGUGUCCUCAUGUUUGAUGUAUCCGUCGGUUCCCUCAUACAGACGUGCCACACAAACUGCUUUUCUUUUAUUCAGUGUGAUAAUCCACUUGUAAUCACAUCCGAAUUGAGAAUUUUUACUCGUACAGCUCUCCUUUUGUCCCUCUGGACCUCAUUGGUCUCAGGAUUAACGGACUGGUUUCUCCUGGUCAAUAUAACUGGCAGAUGGAGACGUUGACAAUCAAAUCGACACACUUAGAUGUUGCUUUCUUCUGUAUUCUUAUUUCACAUGUGGGGGGAAAAAAGUAUUUUGGUUGUCAUCACUUUCUGUCUCACUCUUUGUAGACCCAAAUUGUGGAAAAAACUCUGUGGAUGAGUCUCACCCUUGUAGUUUCAUGUCACUGAAGCAGCAAUUGUGUAAUCCAAAUAAAUACGUUUAUUCAUG